AUGGCGGCUUCAAUAGCUCCCGAGUGCAAUGAAGUCAAAGAGAAAUAUGACACUUGUUUCCUCAAGUGGUACAGUGAGAAAUAUCUCCGUGGAAACACCAAAUCAACCGAUUGUGAUGAGUUGUUCGCCAAGUACAAGACCUGCUUGCAGAAAUCUUUAAAGGAGAAAGGUCUCGAUACUAUGCUUGAUGAGGCCCGAAAAAGCGGCAGCGAAACAGAUGCCGAGUUCCUGAAAAAGUCAUGA